GAUGUACACUAUGUUAUUUCCUCUAUUUCAUCUGUGGCUGUAGCUGUUGACAAGAAGAGGGUCAUGGCGUAAAAGACCGUAAAGUCAAUUGCGCGUGAAAUUGCGCAAUCAUCUGACAUAUGAGCAACACCUAAUUAAAUCAGAUAGGCUACAGAUCCAGGCGAACUGGUCCUUCGUUAGUGAUUCGGGUUCAAGGUCGACAUAUUAUUUUGGAAGAGCACGCAUGCGUUGAUCACAUAUCACAUGCAGCUGAAUGUUUAAACUGUUGCCGUGAGCUGUGUGUAGAAGAUAAGCUCACUCGGAGCGAAUCCGUUAGUCGUGCGAAUUAGAAUAGCCUAUCACCAGGACUGUCCCCUGUGUUUGGAAGUAUGACCACGAAAGAUUUCAAAGACCCCAUUAUCAAACGUCAAAGGGAAGUAACAUAGACGUUUAUCUUCUAUUAGAUAUGUUAAGUUUUGGAUUCUGACUGACGAGCUCCGGUAAAGCGAAACAAAAGCGACAUCGGGACCGACCAAAUUGGGUUGCAAGAGCCUAUUCUGAUAUCUCGUGUGAUCAAGCAAAGGAAUGAGCGAUUUGCGAUUUUGGGACCAGUUAGAACCUGGCAGCUCCGAUGUGGACUGGUGUGAAGGCAAUUACCUGAUAUAUCCAAACAUUGCGGAGUUUUACAACACGAUCAGCAACAUCUUGUUUUUUAUUUUGCCACCUAUUUUGAUGUGGUUAUUCCGUCAAUAUGCCACACAUUACAACAGUGGAAUUUAUCUAAUAUGGAUUCUUCUGGUGGUUGUAGGUAUUGGGUCUACAUACUUCCAUGCCACUCUCAGCUUCCUGGGUCAGAUGCUGGAUGAGCUAGCCAUUCUUUGGGUGCUGAUGUGUGCAAUUGGAAUGUGGUUUCCAAAGCGAUACCUGCCGCGAGUUUUCAAGAAGGACAGGUCGCGCUUUAAGGUAGUGAUCGGCGUGCUGUCUGGCGUAACCACGGGCCUGGCCUUCAUCAAGCCUGUCAUCAACUCCGUGUCCCUGAUGAUGCUGGGCAUCCCCUGCACUGUGCUGUUGAUCUCCGAGCUCAAACGGUGUGAAAACCUCCGUGUGUUUAAGCUGGGCCUGAUCUCAGGGUUCUGGUGGACGUUGGCGCUGCUUUGCUGGAUCAGUGAUCGCAUUUUCUGUGAGAUGUGGUCCUCGGUCAAUUUUCCCUAUCUGCACUGUGUAUGGCACAUCCUCAUCUGCCUGGCCUCCUACCUGGGCUGUGUGUGUUUUGCAUACUUUGACGCCGUCUGCGAGGCUCCGGAGAGAGGGCCAGUCAUCCUCUUUUGGCCCAGUGAGAAAUGGGCCUUCAUCGGAGUCCCUUACGUCACCCUGCUCAACGCUCAAAACAAGUCGCCCAUCAAGAUGACCUAGUGCUCACGCUGCAAGGCUUUGAAGUGCUCUACCUCAGCUCAACCUCCCGGAGGUGCUCCGAGCUUUAUAAAACAAACUCACUUCUCCUCAGGGCUGGAAAGGGUUAAAGAACAAAUCCCCCCCCCCCCCCCCCCAACCAUUGAUAAGCACAUAGCUGAGGCUGGAUAUGUUGUGUUUUCUGCACAAAGUUCUCAUUUUUCUGUAGAUACAAGAGACCUUUGGUCUGACUAUGAAGGGUUGGUUUUGUGAGGUAUUUUUUGCCACAACAGCUAUAUUGGUACAUUUAAAGGUACAUAUCAUUCUUUCAGGAAUGAAAGUUCAAAAACAUAUCAACUCAAAGGCAGGUAGUGUGCAUUAUUAAGGAAAAGGUCAAAUAAGCUCUAUUGGAGUUUAACAGCAAUAUUGAAUUCUCAGAGAGAGAUAUCCAAAUCCAGAUGCCAAACAUUUUCUUUUACAUGUCAGAGAUUGUCUGGGAAGAAUUUAAAUUAGUUCACCUACCACUGCCACACCACAUUUGCUAUCAAAUUGUGUAUGUGUGGAAAGCUCACAGUCAGACAUUUGGCUAUGAGAAUUAGCCAAAUAUAUGAUGAAAAGCCAUUACAUGUGAUUUGCCAAAAGAAGAUCUGCUUUGUACUAAGUUUGACUGUGGUGACAAGUGACAAAAAUUGUGUUAGAAUGUUUAAAAGUGGCUUAAAGUUAUAGCACUUUGAGUUUUAUCACACCAAUGCUUUUGUUGAAUGUCCAGAUAAGUGUUUUGCACCCUGGCAUCUUUUCUGUCCAGGGGCCAAUAACCUUCUCCACUCCAAAGCAUUACCUGCUGACAUCUUAAUGCCAUAUCCUUACAUACCAGUGGUGUAGGUAGUUGUUUAGCAUUAGAGCAGUUAUCUGAAGUAUUGUGUUGAUUGUUAAUUUGAAUAGGUUGGAGAUAUAUUAACCAUGCACAAGUUAUGUUUAUAGAUCUCUUCAGAAUAAGUCCCACCUCCUAACUUUUUUUACAUCCAAGUGCCGGUGCCACGACAAUCAAAAAAUCCAGUGGAAACUAGAUGGCAGAAGUGUGUAGGCCAAUCUGCCCACCAGCUUUUUCUACUUUACUACCUACAGAUGUUUUACCGGUAUGAUGUUUCGAAACGCCGCGUUAUUUCCCAUAGACAAUCGACGCCCGGAAGUUGGAUGGAUACGGAAGUUACGGAGGCGGGACUUAUUCUGGAGAGGUCUAUUUGCUUAGAAAUCAAGAUGAAGAUUUUAAAUGAUGGGCAGAGUAGCAGUUUGUAAAGUCAGUGUAGUUCAAACAUAAUCUUAUUUACUCAUGUAUAUUAUUAUUAACAUUUACUAUUGUUAUGCAACGAACAGAUGUGUCAGAUUUGUUUGAGUAAAAAUGCUUUUCUAUAUUUUGAAUAAUUUUAAGCUUUAGAUGAAUAAGUUCAGAUAAAAACCGUUGGAUUUCUCGUCCACCGUGCAUAACCAGAUGUGCUGGAUGCCAUGUCACUUAAAUGUGAAAUCAUUUAUAUUAUUCUAUAUUUAUCCUCCCAAGUGCGCAUGAGCACACGUCUAUCCGGAGGCUGUAAUCCGUCUUAUGUGCUCCCCCUACUGGCAAUAAUUAGACGUUCUUGAAAAGAGCAAAGGGUCACUUUUUAUUUUUAGACAGGCCUACCUCUUAAAUCUCUGAGUGCCAUUACGGCACCUCGCGGGCAGUGUUGUUACGUGUGUACAUUAAACAGUGUUAUGGGACACUACAUCACAUUUCAGUCAUAUAGGCUUGAAUAUGCCACAUGCCAUUUUCAAUAGUAGCCUAAACGUGACAAAUCAUACAGGCCUGACUCAGCCCAAUUAAAUAUACUAUGGGCCACACUUGACAAAUACAAAACAUAAUUCAAACAUAUGUUGUGCCAAAGAGUAGAGGGACAAUGUCUGUGCCGCAGCUGAAGAAGACAUUUUUCAAAGGUAAAAUUGUGAAGGUAUAGGCGCAUUGUGGCUGUGUCUCAUUCAAACAUGUCAGACCGUUUUAACUGAAAAGGAAGAGGGUAUAUUUUGCACAAUGCGUGUCUUUGCACUGGUAGCUUAAGGGAAAUGAUUUGUUAAAUUGUGAAAGUGCUCUAAAAUGUACCCUAUAAGAAUGUACUGUAUUUUGACAUGUUAAUUCUAUAAAUAAACUUGCAAUAAAUUGUGUAAUAAAGAAAACAGUGUUACAUCA